UGUUUCACUUUGUCUCUUUUUGUAAAAUUAUGACAACAGAGGCCGCUAAACCCUACAAUGGCGCAACAUAUCCCAGCUUCAGUGGAAAGUGUUCCUAAAGAUUUAAGAAAUCUUCGUGCUUGUCUGCUGUGUUCCAUGGUUAAGACUAUCGAGCAGUUUGAAUUUGAUGGCUGUGACAACUGUGAAGAGUAUCUUGGAAUGAAAAAUAACAGAGACAUGGUGUAUGACUGUACAAGUUCAAAUUUUGAUGGAUUUAUAGGAUUGAUGGGACCAGAAGACAGCUGGGUAGCAAAAUGGCAGAGAAUAAGUCGUAUGUCCAAAGGAGUGUAUGCAGUUUCAGUAUCAGGUAAAUUACCAUCAGGAAUAAUAAGGGAACUUAAAAGUCAAGGUAUUGCAUACAAAUCCAGAGAUACCAGCACCAACUAGUUUAUUUUUUAAUUUGUAAUCCAACUUUUGUCUUGUAAUUAUCCAAAAUAGAGAAAUAAACGUGAUU